UGUUGAAGCUUGUGUGUUUCUCUAAGUUCAAGCCCACUCUUCUGAAGCUGUCGCUUGAUCAUGGGUUCGAUGCUUCCGCGUAAAAAUGGAUAGAAAAUACUGUCAGCUUUUUGCCGGGGACCCCAAAGUUUUCUCCCCGGAGGUUUAUGGCUUAGCUAUAAACAAAAUCCAGGCAGUUAAGUUGAUGACUUUCUUUUUGCAGCUCAAAGAACAGAAUUUGCAGCGCUUCCCCCUCUUUCCUGCAAUUUAAUUCCUUUCAGAUCUUGCCAUGGGGUGCGGACUUAGAAAACUAGAAGACCCCGAUGAUAGCAGCCCGGGAAAAAUAUUUUCGACACUGAAGAGACCACAAGUGGAAACAAAGACAGACUUUGCUUAUGAAUAUGUAUUGCUGGAUUUUACUUUAGAAGGUAUUUGUGUCUUCUUUUUGUCUCCUAAAUUAAAUGUGUCAAAGAGAAAAGCGGUAGCCAACUCUGUGCAGGAAACUUCCUUUCGCUGGGUGUCCUGUCUCGAACAGAGAAACUCCCUGUUCCAGAAAGUUGAAAACACAAAUAAACAACCCCAGAUGGCAGCCCUCUGGGAACGGAGGCAGCUCUACUCCAUAGAUACUUUGGCCUCACGUUUUACAAUUAACUAUUUCUCUGGUGUCUUGAAAGUACGGGAUAGCCAGACACAGACAACACCCAAAGGACAAGGUCGGCCCAGGCUUGUAAUUGAGGAAUGUCCCUUGACGUAUGAAACUCUAACAAAUGAAGGAGCAAAAGGAUUGAUAGAAAAGAUAAACGAAGCUGCUAAAAGAGGAAUGAAAUUUGUUGGAUUUGUAACACAACAUUGUCCUCAGACUAAAGUUUGCAAUGGCACCAGCCCCGAUGGAGAUGUAGAAUCAGAGUCAAGCCUGUACAGAAUUCAAGAACACCAGAGACACAACUCAGAGGAAAACUGUAAAACUUGGAAUGAAGGAACUUUGAGUGGUCAGUCUUCUGAAAGUGGAAUUGAAGAAGAAAUUCAUCAUGAAAGUGGGCUCUGGCAAAUGGGAAGAGAAGGAAGUCCUAUUCCCUCCAAAUCAAGAAAAGGAGAAGCCUCAGAUAAUAAAUUAUAUACAGUCUUCAAUGUUUUUGAUGAUGAAUCAACAUGCUGGACCUAUCAAGAAGGCAUUCUAUCAAUGAAAGUCACAAGAAAAGGAUCUGUAAUUAGUACACUAGAUGCUGACUGGCUAGAGUUGACUACAUUUUAUUAUAAACAAGGAUUAUCUUUAAUUGAUUCUUUUGUAUCCUGGGAAACUUCUAAAGGAGAUCAUUUGUCCAAAUCUUUGGAAGGAUUAUUUAUAUAUGAAGAAGAAGGUUCUGGAGUGCCAGGUACUAACAGGAAAGGAAAUGAUGCUAUUGUAGUAGAACAAUGGACCGUUAUUGAGGGCUGUGAAAUUAAAACUGAUUAUGGUCCCUUACUGCAUACUCUGGCCGAGUUUGGAUGGCUCUUGACGAGUGUACUUCCGACACCCAUAUUAAGACAUGACAGUGAAGGAAAUUUGGCUACAAAACAGGUUGUAUUUCUUCAAAGACCUGUCAUGUGGAAUUCAACUGUUCAAACACCAGAGAAGAAAUCCAUGAGGCAGAUAAAAACAAGAGAAGAGAAAAGCAAAGCAACUAGCCGGAGCAUUGGGCUAGACACAGCUACUUCUCGCCCUGCGGAGAGCAGACACCCAUCCGAGGAAUGUCAUCUCUCUCCUUCUCAAGACCCUUGGACCAGAGAAGGGACCCCGGGCCCCUACGGCAGCUUCUCUGGGGUCAGCAGCAGUGAUAGUGUUCUGAGGGAGCUGGAUGACGGACAAUACGAUCAGGAGGAUGGGGUGACGCAGGUCACUUGUAUGUGAGCCUGUAUGUGAUACCUGCAGUCAAAGGACCUGUAAAUAAUCAUGGAAAUUUAAUUCAAUGCUGAAUUUAGUACAUUGCUUCAUACAUUUUGAUGUAAGGCUGUGUGAUGCUCCAGUCUUGUGUCUUUUUUCCUCUACGUUUGUUGGCUUU